ACGUUUCCUUAUUCAGCACUGUUGUCAACCCAGAGGGCCUCGAUGCUGUCUCUGUUGGUCGGUACUGUCAGCGGCCUUGUGUAAGACAGACCAGUAACUGUUGUUAACCCAGAGGGCCACGAUGCUGUCUCUGCUGGUCGGACCUGUCAGCGUCCUUGCUGUCCUUGUCUCCAGAACCGACGCAAGCAAGGGCAACCUGUUGGGGUCGUUACUGGAAUCUUACCAGAGGGAAGUCAGUCCGCGGCCUGGGAACAACCAGAGUGUGGAGGUGACUCUGGAUCUGGCGAUCAGGCAAGUUGUUGAUCUGGCCCAGACAAAGCAGAUUCUGAGAACCAACCUGUGGAUACGCCUGAACUGGACUGAUCAUAGACUUCAGUGGAACCCAUCGCGUUUCGAUGGAACUGACGCCAUCUAUGUCCCUCAGGACACUAUCUGGACUCCCGACCUCACCCUUUACGAUGAUGCUGCGUUUGGAAGUAACAUCGCUCUGUCGGAGCGGAAGUUCCACCAGUUGAAAGUAACCAAUGACGGCAGAGUAACUCAGAGAUUUCCCACUGUGGUCAGCAGUCUCUGUGGGGUAGACACCACCUAUUUCCCGUUUGACAAACAGCGGUGUCCACUCCAGUUCGGCCUGUGGCUCCACGAUGAUGACCUGGUGACCUUGAUAACCGACCAGACAGGGGACACCACAUCGUAUCUCGAGAAUGCUGAAUGGUAUCUCAACGGAGUGGAUGCAGAGAAGAAGCCAUAUUUGUACAAUGGUUUAGUCUACAGCACCAUCACAUACACUGUGACCAUACAAAGACGACCAGCAUUCUUCAUGCUCACCCUGUUCUUCCCUUGUUUUCUGCUCAGUGUUAUGUCGAUCCUUGGGUUCUUCCUCCCCCCUGCUUCGGGAGAGAAGGUCGGGCUGGAGGUCACCCUGCUACUGUCCCUGACGGUGUUCCUGUUUCUAACCAUUGAUACUCUGCCUCCAAAUUCUGAACCAUUGCCACUUUUGUGCGUGUACUUCGUGCUGGUGAUCAUACUGGCGACCACGUCUUGUGUCCUGGCUGUUCUUGUUCAGAGACUUCAUCUAAAAAACAGACAGGGCUGGAAGGUUCCUCCUCUGGUUCGGACUGUCAUCAUCCACUGGCUUGGUCGUCUGUUGCUUAUGAAGAGUCCACACGUCCUCAGGAAACAAACGGAUGAGGACCUUAAAACAGAAAGAGUGGAGGAAAAUCAAGCAGCAUCAAAUCCUGCAGCAUCCCCUGAGGAGAAUGGGGUUGUCCGGGAGAUACUGAAGGGCAUGGAACAGCUUCUGGAACUCCAUAAAGGGGACAAGGCUCCAGAAUACUCUUCAGAAUGUCAGGAUUGGCUUAUCAUAGCAUCUAUCCUCGACAGAUUCUUCCUCAUCCUUUAUGCAAUCAUUUCGGUUGUCAUAUCAACUGCCUUCCUCAUUCAGUUUUCUGUUAAAACACAUUCUUGACACUGAAACGGUGUUUGCUCGUGUACUUUUCACCAAACAUGCUUGUCUCCCUUUCAUCUAUUUCCUAUCAAUAACAUGAAAAUCUCAUCUUUUUGCUUAAUGUAUUUUAUGAAAUUUAUCAUACAUUCAGUUAACUGUAACCAAAUAUUCUCUAUCAAAAUUAAAUCGAAAUUACAAAAUCUUUUAAAAGCUUGGUAAAAUAUACUUUACAAUCAAGUUUUUGGAUGCAUUUAUUUAUUUACAUUAGAUUCUACCUACAAACUGGCCUAAUGCAAACCGUCAAUGACCCUCUGCAUUCAAAAUGAUGUUGGCCUCUUUCAUCAAGGAGUUCAUAUAUUCUAAAAGGUUGAUGUUUCGGUGUUCCUUUCUGUAAUCGUCUGCUCUGGUAUAUUGACUCCCCAUCACGGCAGGGAUUAUCACUGAUUUUGUUGUUGUUGUUGUUGAAGGCAUACUUAGUUCUGCCUAACUCACCUCACGGCCAGAAGGAAGAAAAACCCAAAGUGAUGUCAGUUAUGCACGUUCACCACUCUGGUGAAACCAAAGGAUAUGGCUCCUACGACCCAAGAAACAAUUAGGUGCAUGACCAUCGGUUUUGGGUACACCCAAGGCACAAAACUGUACAGGAUGAACUUCGGCUACUUAGAUCACUUUUUUCUUCCUUUUUCUACUGGCCAAGACAAUAUAAACAUUAGCAAAAUUAA